AAAUGAGACAUUUUUAAUAAAAUAUCCAAACAAUGGAGUGGGAUUGGAAGAUCUUUUAUGUCUUUAUUUUAGUCUGUUUCUUAGGUUUGCAAUCAGUUAGUUGUAGGGGUCACUCUAUUGAAGAAGAUGACAACUAUCCAUUCAGUGGGUUUUAGAAGGAUUGAUUAAUUGCUGUGUUUUAUAUUUCGUGUUCUCUACUUACAUUUGUUUUAACCUCUAUCAAAAAGACACUCUAACUCCUACGGUAUACAUAUAUGGUUCGGCUCAAAUAAGGGGAAUGAUUGUUCUUUAUUCUUCUUUUUUUCAGAAUCUCUCAUAUUGGAAGAUGUUAAAAGAAGCUACUAUUUUCUAAGCUUAACCACACUUGCAUUUGUCAUAAGAUCAACUGUGUUAGUAACUAGCGGUAGUUCUACUCCUUCAUCAGAAAAACACAGGAAAAAUUAUGCAAUAAUUGAUUUCACAUAUUACUUUAUCAGAAAACAUCAAUAGAAUACAAGCUGGUUGGCAAUUUGCAUAACAUUUUGUUCAGUAGAGACAAUGCAUGCUUUUGUAACAGGUAGAUGAAGUAAAACAUUUCAUCUUGAAACUUUUGCAAGUGAAAUAUUACUCAUUUGAAAAGGCUGAAGUGCCAACCAUAAAGUAAUGCAAGGGUGCAGGCAGUAUAAGCUAUUGGAUUGUUCUAUAAUCCCUGUGAAUAAGGGUAUUGGAUUUUUCCCAUACUGAAAAGAAUCACUGUAUUGUUUCGAAAAUGGAAAAGUUUCAGGCCAAGCUAUAUAUAAUUUUAGAGCUGGUUCUGUUUUUCUUUUAGUAUUGCUUAGCAUGUUCCCAUACUGAAAAGAAUCACAGUAUUAUUUCGAAAAUGGAAAAGUUUCAGGCCAAGCUAUAUAUAAUUUUAGAGCUGGUUCUGUUUUUCUUUUAGUAUUGCUUAGCAGGUAAAUUUUAUCUAGCCAGGGCUACUUGUCUGCGACUUCUUGAACUUAUUUGCACCCUUCAGUAUAUGAUACUUUCUGUGUAUGUGUUAAGUGCAAAUGCAUGAUACCUUCAUGCUUGAUCAUUAUAUCUAAACUAUAUUUAUUUGUUUUUUUUAGAUUCUGGAAACAGAUGGGGCGCCAUUUCAUUUAUGUGUUGUUGCAUCCUAUUUUUCAGGGUAGUCCCUUUUCUGGUUUUGAAAACCACAGCUAGAUGGAAAUUUGUUAUUUUGUAUAAUUGGGGAAGUUUUUCUUUGCAUGUUCAACAUUUUGUUCACUUUCUAGUCCUGGUUACUGCCACAGUUUAUUCCUCGUUUUAAUGAAUGCCUUCUAAUAUUGAAUCAGUGACUUUUAGAGAUGUCCAUUUUCCGCUGUGACCUAUUUAAUUGACAAAUUAAGUAGUAAGCUGCAAAACUAGUUCAGUGUUAAUGGUAAACUUUUAAAAAUUAGAGCCUAUGAACUUGUGUCUCUUUGUGAUGGAACCUUGCUAGUGUGUGAAAUUAUUUCAGUUGAGUUCAAGAUUGUUCUUAAUUCCUUCAAGAGUUCUUUCCCCCUAAGGAUCAAUGUAUUUGUUACUCUAAACCGAUGUUAAAUUGAAUAUGAAAUUGAUUUCAUGCUGCUGUGGGUUUUAUGGAAAAUGGAAUGUAAUAUGUUACAAAUUUCUCGUGUGCAAAGCUUGCUAUUGGGUUGACAUUAUCCCAAGACUAUUUGGCUGUGAAAAAUAUACACUCAAUAGUAAAAACUUGUUAGUUCACAAUGCUAUGCCCCGUCCUUUAUUGAUUUGCCGUCCCAAAUUGCAAGACGAGGUUUCAAGGGAGUGUAUCAUCAGUUUGCUUGAUCACAAGCUAGCUGGUAUAUCAUGUUAAAUACAGAUGUUGGGAAUUUACCUGGUACAAGGUGGCAUUUAAGGCUAAGUAAAAUGCAUUUUAUGGAAGCUGAUACUGUUAUGGAGAAAAAGAGUAAAGGAUGAAGGACAUUUAGCUUCAAGAUUGUUUGUAAUUACCUAUGAAGCACGGACACUCCAAAAAUGACCCCGACCCUGACAUGGCGACACUGGUAAUAAUUUUAAAAAAUGAAUAAAUUAAAUGUUCACAAGUGUCAGUACACGUGUCCGACCCCGACACGGACACGUUUUUUUUUCCAGAGGUGUCGGUGCUAUAUAGGUAAUUAUCCUAGAAGUAAUGAAAUCCAAGCUAGAAGCAAGAAAAAGCGAAUGAAAAAAUAAUCUGAAAAACAAAAUUGCUAGCUCUUUUCUUUUCUGUUAGUAUCUCUAAUAUGCUAAUAAUGAAUGUGGCCCUCCAUUAAAUUGUCCACCACAAAACUUGCUUUGUUUUUCUAUCUUUUAUUAUGCUUCCUCUUUUGGAUAUGUCUGCUUUCUUUGAAACCUAGUCCCUGUACUAAGAUUCUUUUCUUCUAAUAAUUUUCCUUUCUUGCUGGUUAAGAUUUCCAAUUCUUACUUCCCUUUUAAUAAAAUUUCAAUACUUUAUCAAAUUUAACUCUCUUUAUAUGAGCUGGUGUGCAAGUAAUACUGCACUCCAACCCCAAUUCUAAAACUAGCUGAAUCAGGUACCAUCAUGGCAGGAACAUCGUCCAAAAUUCCGAUUGAGAUCGUAAGCGAUGAUGAGAUGGCUUCCAUUGAUGCUGCGUUAUCUUCUGCCGCCUGUUCUUCAGUCACUCCUGCUGCUGCCGUUCCUGCUGUACAUUCACCAGCACCAGCACCAGCACCCCGGAUUCGCAGAAAUAGCACAUCUAUUCAAUCAGUUACAACUAAAGCCAAGAAAGGGCCAUUCACGUGUUCCGAAUCCGACAUUGAAGAUAUUGGCAGUUUUGCAAGUACUAGUAGGAAGAAGUCUAGAGAAGAUGACACAUUACUGCAUCGAUUUAGGAGCAAGAGGGGAUUGUUUGUCACUGAUAUCACCAGGACAGAAUGGUGCGAAAAGCAAAUGGAAUUUUCUCUCUUUUCUGAAGAAUGGAAGAACCAUGAAGCCAAACCAGAUUUGGCCUUUGUUUAUGGAGGAGGAAGUAGGAAGAGUAAAGCGAUGAGAGCUGGUAUAGAUCGACACGCUCAGCUUGAACGAGAAGUUCUAGAAUCCAUGGAAGUGAAUGUGAGCUCACGCGAAGAUAUUAUGGCGCUGAAGCUUGUUAAUUUCAUCAAUGGUGUGAAUCAACUGUUGUUCGAAGGACUAACUCGCGAGCUUCCUAUAAUAAGCUUUGAUUUUGCACAAGGAAUAUGGAUUGUUGGAAAGAUCGAUGAAAUUUGGAUGUCUAAUGCAAAAAACGAUCAUAAUCCGGUACUAGUAGAAAUAAAGACUCGAUACCGAGAUACAGUUCCUGCAGAAUCACAAAAAAGAAACGGAAGGAUUCAACUAAUGUGUUACAAGUAUUUGUGGGACAAUUUAGUUGCUCAUGCAGAUCAUGAUUUCCCUUCUAAACAACUAUUCGAUUAUUUCGAGUUAAAUCCUCGACGUUUCUUAUGCAAAGAUCUACAAACAGCGUGCGUUGAUUCCGGAAUCUCAGCAUCGAGACUCUCUGAUUUGGUGGUGUGUUACCAAAAUACGUGUAAAAUGUUGUCCCCUGCUAGCGAUAAGCUUGUGUUGAGAUAUGAAUCUCAGAGGGAUCAGUCAGUAUUGGAAGAAGAAGAAUUUAUGUAUGAUGAUGGUUGGAUAAAGAAUGAAAUUAGGAGUUGUGUUGAGUUUUGGACUGGACAAAGAGAAGCAAGUUAUGUUGAUGAGGAAGAGGAAUGGAAAUGUGGUUUCUGUGAUUUUGUUUCUCAGUGUCCUGCUUAUACUGAUGAUUCUGAAAGCACAGAAACCAUUUCAGAGGAUGAUGACUCAAGUGAGGGAUAACAUUUAAAGGAAUAGUCUAAUAGGAUGAAAACUCGGAUAAUUUCAAAUAUAUAAAAAAAUAAAAAAUACUGUAAAAUUACAUAGCUACGAUGAAUACCAUGUUUUCUGAAAUUACAUAGCUAUAAUGUAAUAUCCAACCGUUGAUUCUUAAAAUUUAAUGUUGAUAGUGAGUUAUUAUUAAACAAUUGUCUUAAAAGUUUAAUAGAAAAGUUUAUUUUAUUUUUUA